AUGAACAAAAGGGUUCUGAUUCGGAUCCUACUGUUCCUCGUCGUCUUCAACUCCUUCUAUCUCUGUCUCUACUUCAUCCACCAUAGCUCUUCUCUAGUCUCUUCAAAUCCUAUCCCCAACACUUUCCCAAAAAAGUCACCUUUUAAACGACCCUUUAUAGAGAUACAACAAACCUAUUUCUCAAAACCAUGGCCAAUUCUUCCCUCUUACUUACCAUGGUCUAAAGAUUCAACCUUUGUUCCUCCACGCUCCUGCGAAGGCUAUUUUGGAAAUGGGUUCACGCGCCGUCUUGAGGUUUUUUCCGGCGACAAAGGUGGGUGGUUUAGCUGUUGGUACAGUGAGAGUUUGAGGAGCUCGGUUUGUGAAGGUGGGAGGGUGAGGAUGGUGGUGGAGAAGAUUGAAAUGGCGAAGGGUGGGGAGAGCUUGGUUGAUGUUAUUGGAAGAAGUGAAGACGAAGAGUUACCGGUGUUUCGAAACGGCGCGUUUGAGGUUGAUGGUGGUCAAGGGUUUGGAGAUGAGGGGAAAUUGGUUGUUGAUAGGGAGUUCUUGGAUCAGUAUGUUCCGAGAGGGGAGAUUAUGAGACAUACUAUGCGGGAUUUGAUUAGCAAGAUUCGGGUUGUUGGAAGGAAAGAGUUUGCUUGUGAUCAGUGGAUCGAAGAACCGACACUUCUGGUGACACGCUUUGAAUAUGCAAAUCUUUUUCACACUGUUACAGACUGGUACAGUGCAUAUGUUUCUUCUAGAGUUACUGGCUUACCUAAUCGACCUCAUUUGAUCUUUGUUGAUGGACACUGUAUGGCUCAACUUGAAGAGACAUGGAAAGCGUUAUUCUCGAGCGUCAGAUAUGCUAAAAACUUCAGCGGAACAGUUUGUUUUCGCCAUGCUAUUCUCUCGCCUUUGGGAUACGAGACUGCCCUAUUUAAAGGGCUAACAGAAGAUAUAUUUUGCGAUGGAGCUUCCGCACAAGAACUGCGGCAAAAGCCUGAUGACCAAAAAACCGCACGUCUUUCCGAGUUUGGAGAAAUGAUAAGAGCAGCAUUUGGAUUACCUUUAAACUUAAACCAUGUCAGAAAACCAAUCUCUGGAGGACAUAAUGUCCUCUUUGUUCGCCGCGAAGAUUAUUUAGCUCAUCCACGUCACGGUGGUAAAGUUGAAUCAAGACUAACGAACGAGGCAGAGGUGUUCGAAUCCUUGAAGAGCUGGGCGUCUAAUUACAAAGGAUGUAAAAUCAACCUUGUCAACGGAUUGUUCGCACACAUGUCUAUGAAAGAGCAGGUACAAGCUAUUCAAGAUGCAUCAGUGAUCAUUGGUGCUCAUGGUGCUGGUCUUACUCACAUAGUAUCUGCACUGCCUAAAACUGUGAUUCUAGAGAUCAUUAGCAGCCAGUUCAGACGUCCACAUUUUGCGUACAUUGCAAAGUGGAAAGGGUUGGAGUAUCACGCAAUUAACCUUGACGGGUCGUAUGCAAAUACCGAAACUGUAAUCAAUGCGCUGGUCAGCAUAAUGAAAAGCCUUCAAUGUUGA